AUGAAUACUGGACGAGGAAGAAGGCUUGUUGAUAUGAUAAAAUUAUCAGAUGGUGUCGAUAUAGAAACGGAACGAGUUCAACAGUUAGCUGUACCACAAUGCUCUACAUGGCCAGAUAAAUUAAUUGCUGAAGAUCAAAAUAUUUUAAUAGAACCUAAAGAUGAUAUCAUAGCCCACACUCCCAAACACAAUCCCGAAGUUCAGGAUACAUUUUCACCUUCUUUGUUAGCAUUCAUUCAAUCAUCUGAUAAGGAAAACAAAAAAUAUCAGGAUUUACAGAAAGCUCUCCAAUGGGUCCCACCCAUUUUCCAUAACUUUUAUACUACUUUAGCCCACGAUGGCACAGCGUGUGACUUACCAGAAGAC